AUGAGACCUGUCGUUUCAAGUGGGAAAGCUUGGUUCUGUACCGUUUUAUCAGCUUUUGGUGUUGUCAUAUUAUCAGUUAUUGCACAUUUAUUCAACGUGAACCAUGAAUCCUUCGUUGGCUCGAUCAACGAUCCAGAAGAUGGACCCGCUGUUGCUCACACCGUUUAUCUAGCUGCAUUAGUCUACCUAGCAUUCUUUGUUUUCUGUGGGUUCCAAGCAUAUCUUUCAAGAAAGAAGCCAUCAAUUGAGCUACGUUAA